AGCGGAGCAGCCGGAGCGCUGGCUUAGGGGCGAUGCAGACCAACAUGACCGGUUCUCGCCCCAGCCUAGGAGGGGGACUUGGGGGGUCCAUGAGUGCCAGUGGGGGUCUGAGUGGCACUGGCCUGAGUGGGGGCCUCAGCACUAGUGGGCUCAGUGGUGCCACGGCCAUGUCUACGGCAGGGGGAGCCCAGGCGAUGCCACACUUCGACUGCGACGGAGACAUUACGCCUCCAUUCUCAUCCAUCAACAGACCAUAUCUAUUCAACGAAGUCAACAGUUCCCCGAGCAGUCUGAGAGGCUCACAUCAGGACCUGAGUUCUCAGCAUCGAGUACACAUGAACACACCCAACAAGAACAGUGUGAACGGAUUCGCGGGUUGCCCACCCAAGGACGAGAGAACCGGUGGCGUCGUUCCCCCACCUUUCGGAAGCUAUGAUAAAAGACUGGCGUGAGCCCCGAGCCCCUUCGAGGACCCCCCUGCAGCCGCGGAGAACUGAGAGGGAGAGGCACCGUGGCACCGCUUCGAGUUCCCGGCACCAAGAGGCACUCCGCGCACAGAUGAGGACGAUGGCCCCGGCGCUCUCGUGAAGCGGUGGCCGCUUCGCCGGCGAGUCGGAAUGUCGUCGACGAGUCAAUAAGAGUCGUGGAAGAGCAAGACAGAGUCGCCGACGAGUAGGAGAGGGUCGUGGAAAAGGGAAAAAAAGUCGCCGACGAGUAAAUAAAGGGUCGUCGGAGAGUCAAGAGGAAAGGAAAAGUCAGAAAAGGGUAAAGCGCAAGAGAUGGCGUCGCGCGAGUGAGUUGAAUAUUCGCCGACUAAUUGCGUCGUGAUCGAGGGAAGAUCGGAAGAGCGUCUUUCCUCUUUAUCCAUCCCUUUAAGCCAAAGCGAACGAUUGCCGUCGGAUUUCAAGAUUCGUUUCCAUAUCUACGGGUGACGAAAUGAUCAAAUUCACUUCGACUGCGAGAGUGCGGUCGUAGAAUAGAUGUAUAAGAUAAAAAACAAAACAAAAACAAGGGGAAUAAUGAAAAUAAAGGAAUUACUGAAUUGAAAAAAAAAAAAUGCAAAUUGUCCCUGAUUUCACAAGGAAUUAUCAAAUCACGUUGCUCAAUGCCUAUUCUGAGGAAAUGAAAAACAAAUUAUUCAUAACGAGCCCAUCUGUUUAUAUCCUCUGAUUGCUCUCAUAAAUAAUAUAAAUCAAUAACAAUAAAAGACUCAUGACAAGGCACUUAUACUAUAAAAAUAAUACGAGUUUCUAAAUAGGUUGUACUAUAUGAUCAGGAACACUCUGUGAGUGUUGUAAGUUCUCGAACAGUUCCUUUUUUUAACUUUUGAGAACUGUUUUAUCUCGACAAGCGCAUUUGACAUAAAUGCACUCAAGGUUAGAUCAUAAGGAUCGAAUCUUAAGUGGUUUUCUAAAUACCGCUGUUCAGCACACAAAAACAGGAGAACGUGUGUGCUCACACACGCGCAUACACAGUUACAUGCACUCACAUAUAGACACACACACACAUA